GCUCUUUUGGGGACGGACGCAAUAUCACUUCCUGUUAUUGCCAACGCAUCUUCGAAAGCAGCAAUAGACGGGAUUUAUUUCUCGUUUCUGCCUUUAUAUUUGUAUUUUAACGUCCACUCUUCUUGACAGUAAGUAUAAACCUGUCAAAGAGGAUGCCUCUCUCGGAGCGGUCGAGCUCCGGCAGCCCCCGGAGCCCCCGGAGCCCCCGGCCCCGCGGGCCCCGCUCCCGCAGCCGCGAGGGCAGCCUGUCCCCCGACAGCUUCGGGCCCAAACUCCCCAAACCGCGCAACCGGGAGCGGGAACGCGAGGACCGCGAGCGUCGGUUCAGAGAGGCGAGAAACAUCAGGCGGAUCCGCAUCGGGAGCCCAAGGCGGUCCCGGUCCCGGUCCCGGUCCCGGUCCAGGGAGAGACACAACAACACACAGAGCAACCACUGGUCCGAGCAGCGCGACAACAACGGGAAAUACGGAGGAUUCAAGGAGGACCACUACUACGAACAGCAGAGGGACGAUCUGCAGAGACAGAGACAAGAGGCGUUUAUUGCCAGGCGUCUUCAGGAAAGGGAGAGGAUUGGUGAGCUUGGUUGCUCUGAAGUUUGGGGAUAUUCACCAAGAGUGAAAGAACCAGACUCUGAUGAAUUCACACCUGUUGAAGAAGACAAGAAAAACAACCAAUCAGAAUCCAGCUCAGAAGAUGAAAAGAAGAAAAAGAAAAAGAAGAAAAAGAAGUCCAAGAAAAGAAAGAACAAGAAGCACUCGGAGGACAGUGACCUGGAAUCAGAUUCAGAUGAAGAGGAAAUAAAGAAGAAGAAAAAGAAAAAAAAGAGCAAAAAGUCUAAGAAGUCCAAAAAGAAGAAGGUGAAGAAGAGCCGCAAAGAGUCCAGUGACUCCAGCAGCGAGGACUCUGGAGAAGAGGAGGAGGAUGAAGAAGAUCCCAAUGGAGUGAUGUGGGUGGAGAGAACCUGCGAGGAAGAACAUUUAGUCGGGCCCGAGGCUCCGCUCACUCACAUGUCCCAGGAUGACAAACCGUUGGAUUUCGGUCACGCCCUGUUGCCAGGUGAAGGUGCUGCUAUGGCAGAGUACGUGAAAGCCGGUAAACGUAUCCCAAGAAGAGGAGAAAUUGGUCUCACCAGCUGUGAGAUCGCAGACUUUGAGAAGUCUGGCUACGUCAUGAGCGGCAGCAGACAUCGUCGUAUGGAGGCCGUGCGUCUGAGAAAGGAAAACCAGAUCUACAGCGCGGAUGAAAAGAGAGCUCUAGCCUCCUUCAACCAGGAAGAGAGGAGAAAGAGGGAGAGCAAGAUCUUGUCGAGUUUCAGGGAGAUGGUGUACAGAAAAACCAAAGGAAAGGAGGAGAAGUGAUGUUAAUAGAUUUUGUUCUGUUUGUGGACAGCUGUAGCGUUUGUCUGCAGACUUCAUUUGGAGCUUUAUUUCUGGAAAAUGUACCUGUAUCCAGUGUCAGUGGGAUUUCAGUUUUAAAUAAAUGCUUUCUCGUUCUAUCA